AUGCAGUCAAGACGUGCCCUCGAGCAUAACAUUGGUCAUGAAAGGCCAUCUGGCAGAAUCCACACAGAGAAAUAUUCCUCGACGUACUGCAUUGCCUUUGUUAAUAAUCAACGCACGCGUCGUCUGCAAGACCCUCGGACGGAAGCGCUAAUGGCCCGACCUUGCCAUUUCCUACACGUCGGCGAAGCAGAGACUCGCGCAAUCGAACACGAGAACGAAAAUCCGGACAACAAAGCCACCAAAAUGCUGACUGCCGCCCUGCUCACCUUCGCCUUGCUGAUUUCCGGCCUCCGAGCGGAGCAGCAGAUCCAACAGACGCGGGAACUCACCAUCGAGAAGAUCCUGCACACGGCCGUGUCCACCUCGACCUACACGGUGGUGGUGUACCCGACCUGCACCACCUCCGUCGCGGGCGUGUCGGCCUGCCGCGACGCCCACGUCCCAAACCUGAGCCACAUGAUCCACCCGGAGGCCUCGCGGGCGCCACUUAGGGGCAGCGUGACGGCUGUCCCCGCGCAGGACGGGUCAGAAAGCUCCACGUACGAGGUUGCCGAGGUCGUGAUGCCCUCCUGCGACUGUCCGGCGCCUGGCGACGCCGCCAGUUCUUCCUUCCGCUCCGCCAGACUGCUCCAGGACCAGGUCAUCACCAUCCGCUCGACCACCGUCCUCACCCAUGACGUCCUCGUGACCAGCACCGACCACGCCACCACGGUGUCCAUUACGUACAACGGCUGCGUUCCUCCUGACGCCCCCGCCACGGCCACCUGCGACGCGUAGGGGGGCGUACAUGCGGGGACGG